UAAAGAAACAAAUUUCAAUACCUCCCCGAAGGUGUGCUGCUUGUCGCCUGUGGAAAGGUCCGAAGAUUGUGUGCAGAAUGCCAGAACCGGAGGGUGUCGCGCACAAGCUGUACAUGGAGCGAGAGCUUCCGCCCAAAGUGGCCGAGGUCGCACGUGUUCAGGGUGAAGAUCCGGAUAGGAAGAGUUUGAUGAUCGAAGAGCUGCGGGACAUGAUUUAUGAAAAAGGUGAAUGCAUUCCUCAUCGGGUGGAUGAUGACUAUUUGGUAAAAUUCCUUCGUGCCCGCUUCUGGAACGUGCUGCAUGCUUACAACCUGAUGGUGCGCUACUACGCCUUCCGGGAAAGCAAUCCGGAGUUCUACGAGAACGUUAAUCCGAUGUCACUACGCUCACUGGGAGACGACGACAUCAUCUCCAUCUCGCCAUACCGUGAUCAGGAAGGACGGCGUGUAAUUUGCUUCAAGUUUGGCAAAUGGCGUCCGAACAAAAUCCCGAUCGUAGACCUUUUCCGUGCCACUAUGCUGCUGCUGGAGGUAGGCUCACUGGAACCACAGUCCCAAGUGCUGGGCGGAAUAGGCAUCAUGGAUUUGGAGGGUCUUACGCUGAACCACGCCUGGAACCUGACGCCAACAAUUGCACAGAAAAUGCUAGCCCUCCUUGCCACCAGUAUGCCACUCCGUACCAGUCAAAUUCACAUCGUCAACCAGGGAUGGGUGUUUGAUACGGUGUUUCAGAUCUUUAAACCCUUGCUAACGGAGAAGAUGCGACAGCGGCUAUUCUUCCACGGUACCGAUCGGACCUCGCUGCACAAGUACAUCGAUCCGGAAGCGUUACCCGAACGGUACGGUGGAACUAAUCCUGAAUAUCCGUACACGUACUGGUUGGAGCACUUGAGCCGAGUGGAGCAAGUUGUUGAUGAGCUACAACAGUUAGGAUACGUGUCAGAUCCUUUGCUGGAAGAUUCUUACAUUAAGUCGUCAUCGAGGUACUCGAUCAUGCCGGAAAUAAAGGCGGUUACGAAAAGUGCGCCCAACGCCAAGGACCAACCGGCGACAGAAGAUGUUACCAACGGUAGCAACGCCCCAGUGACCCUUUUCGCCGAUCAGCCCGAACGACAGAAGAAGAUCAACGAACUGCGCAAGUUGAUUCAAAACUACGAUGACUGCGAGCGAAGAAGCGACGAUCUGUUCCUCUGCCGGUUUCUAUACUGUUGCGACUGGGACGUGGAGGAAGCGUUCGGGCGCAUCGUAAAGCUGAUCAAGUUGAAGGAAGCGAACCCGGAAUGGUUUUUCCACAAACCGAUCGCCACCUACGGUGAGCUGCUAAAUCGUAACGUAAAGUUCGCACUGAAGCAUCGCGAUAAGCGUGGUCGGCGUGUGUUCGUGACCCGACUCGGUGCGAUUGACUUUUCCAACAUGGCCGUCACCGAUUUGGCUAAUCUGGACGACAUCUGGUUCGAGCUGAUGCUGAACGAGCUGGAUACACUCGAGAACGGCGUCACCUGUCUGAUCGAUAUGAGCGGGUACUCGCUCAAGAGCUUUCGCUUUCUGACGCCUCACAACAUACGGAUUGGAUCGGCAAAGACGGAUCUGCUGCCGCUGAAGAACAUUGAGUUCCAUGUGGUGAACUCGUCGGUGUUUAUGAACGCAGCCAUCGCCAUCCUGUAUCCGAUGCUGAGCAAGAAGAUUAAGGAUCAGGUACGGUUCCACUACUCCAACUGGGAGUCGUUGCACGAGUACAUCCAGCCGGACAUUUUGCCCCAGGAGUAUGGUGGUACGGCUGGGAAACAGUUCGACUUUCAAAGCAUCUACGGGCAGGUGCUUGAUAUACCGAACGACUUCGACCGAUUACUAGCGUACGGUGUGCGGAAGAAUGGCGUUAAUGCUGCCCAGACAACUGCCUCUACUAACGCGGUGUCCAAAGCGAAGGGAAGUAAAGCGAAAGGAAAGCACAAGGAUGCGGAUAAAAAGAAGCCCGUAGCGGCGUGCGUUGUCGAAGAGUAA